UGAAAAAUGAUCUAGAUCAGUUUUCAAGAUUGCCAGACGUUCAAUUAGCUGUAAUUUUUUUUUGCCGUGUGGCAACGUCUUUCAAAAACAGAUUCAUAAAAUCCAAAAAAAAAAAAAAAAAUACAUAAACCAUAUAGAAUUUCUCGAAUGGCUGUGGUUGUGCUUGACAAUGGUGCGUACACAGCCAAAGUGGGACUUGCCACACAGGAGGAGCCCCAAGUGGUGCCCAAUUGUAUAAUGAAGGCGAAAAGCGAACGACGCCGGGCAUUUGUGGGUAAUCAAAUUGAGGAAUGUCGCGAUACUUCAGCGCUCUAUUACAUCCUGGCGUUCCAGCGUGGAUAUCUACUCAAUUGGGACACUCAGAAAACCGUGUGGGAUUACAUAUUCAGCAAGGAAGGCAUCGGAUGUACGCUGGAGAAUCGCAAUAUUGUCAUCACGGAGCCACAAAUGAACUUCCAGAGCGUCCAGGAGGCAAUGCUCGAGAUGCUGUUCGAGGAGUAUCGUGUGGCUGGAAUGUACAAGGCGACAGCUGCUGAUCUGGCUGCCUUCAAUUAUGUGGCAGACAGUGAGGAGCGCACCACAAUGCAAAACCUCAACUGCAUCAUUAUCGAUGUGGGCUAUAGCUUCACGCACAUUGUUCCAUUUGUGCUGGGACGGCGAGUGCUCGAGGGGAUCAGGAGGAUUGAUGUCGGUGGCAAGGCGCUAACGAAUCACCUUAAGGAACUCAUCUCCUAUCGCCAUCUAAACGUCAUGGACGAGAGUCAUGUGGUGAAUCAAAUCAAGGAGGAUGUUUGCUUCGUAGCCGAGGACUUUAAGGACAUGAUGAGUGUGCAUCACAACGAGAAGCGGAGGAGAGAAGUGGCCGUUGAUUAUGUGCUGCCCGACUUUACGACUGUGAAGCGUGGCUAUAUACGCGUGCCUGGCCAGCCGCGUGAGGAUGAGGAGCAACAACAAAUGGUUCCAUUGUGCAAUGAACGCUUCACUGUGCCCGAAGUGCUCUUCAAUCCCUCGGAUAUUGGUAUAUCACAGGUGGGCAUACCAGAGGCCGUUGCGGAUGCACUUCAAGCGUGUCCCUGGGAGGCACAUCGCGAGCUCCUGCUUAAUAUUCUAAUUGUGGGCGGCAGUUCACAGUUUCCCGGCUUCUUGCCACGCCUCAAACGUGACCUGCGUGCUCUAGUUCCCGAUGAUCUGGAGGUAUCCCUCAUUUGUCCAGAGGAUCCGGUGCGAUACGCUUGGUAUGGCGGCCGGGAAGUCGCCACCAGUCCAAACUUUGACGAGUUCAUUUAUACGCGAGACGAUUACGAAGAGUUUGGCAUCCAUGGACUGCAGCAGCGCUAAUUGGCAAUCUUUAAUUUUUUUUAAACUAAUUUAAUAGGCCUAUAAUUUAUUUGUAUAGCUCGUAAAUUGUAUAGAUAUGUGUAUUAAAGAAAUAGCCAUUGCAGUGUGUGUCCCUUAAAAAAAAAAA